CGCCCGCCGCGGCCCCGCGGCGCGGGCCCGCCGCAGCGCAGCCGCUCUGAGUGACUCUUGAUGGAAGAGCACGGGGUGAGCCAGGCAGAGCACAUGGCUACCAUCGAGGCGCACGCCGUGGCGCAGCAGGUGCAGCAGGUGCACGUGGCCACCUACACGGAGCACAGCAUGCUGAGCGCCGACGAGGACUCGCCCUCCUCGCCCGAGGACACCUCCUACGACGACUCCGACAUCCUCAACUCCACGGCGGCCGACGAGGUCACCGCGCACCUGGCGGCCGCAGGCCCUGUGGGGAUGGCAGCAGCCGCUGCUGUGGCCACGGGGAAGAAGCGGAAGCGGCCGCACGUGUUCGAGUCCAACCCCUCCAUCCGCAAGAGGCAGCAGACACGAUUGCUCAGGAAGCUGAGGGCCACGCUAGAUGAGUACACCACCAGAGUGGGGCAGCAGGCCAUCGUGCUGUGCAUCUCACCCUCCAAACCCAACCCUGUCUUCAAAGUGUUCGGUGCUGCACCCCUGGAGAACGUGGUGCGCAAGUACAAGAGCACCAUCCUGGAGGACCUGGAGUCGGCGCUGGCCGAGCACGCCCCGGCCCCCCAGGAGGUGAACUCAGAGCUGCCCCCCCUCACCAUCGAUGGCAUCCCCGUCUCCGUGGACAAAAUGACCCAGGCACAGCUGAGAGCCUUCAUCCCCGAGAUGCUGAAGUACUCCACGGGUCGUGGGAAGCCAGGCUGGGGCAAGGAGAGCUGCAAGCCCAUCUGGUGGCCCGAGGACAUCCCCUGGGCCAACGUCCGCAGCGACGUCCGCACCGAGGAGCAGAAGCAGCGUGUGUCCUGGACCCAGGCCCUGCGCACCAUCGUCAAGAACUGCUACAAGCAGCACGGGCGCGAGGACCUGCUCUACGCCUUCGAGGACCAGCAGACGCCGCAGACCACGACCACGCACAGCAUCGCCCACCUGGUGCCCUCCCAGACCGUGGUGCAAACCUUCAGCAACCCCGACGGCACCGUGUCCCUUAUCCAGGUUGGCACGGGGGCCACGGUGGCCACGCUGGCCGACGCCUCCGAGCUGCCCACCACGGUCACCGUGGCACAGGUCAAUUAUUCUGCGGUGGCUGACGGAGAGGUGGAGCAGAACUGGGCCACGCUGCAGGGAGGGGAGAUGACCAUCCAGACGACGCAGGCCUCGGAGGCCACGCAGGCGGUGGCAUCGCUGGCCGAGGCGGCGGUGGCGGCGUCGCAGGAGAUGCAGCAGGGAGCCACCGUCACCAUGGCACUUAACAGUGAAGCCGCUGCCCACGCCGUAGCCACGCUGGCCGAGGCCACCCUUCAGGGAGGGGGACAGAUUGUCCUGUCUGGGGAAACUGCAGCAGCAGUGGGAGCGCUCACAGGAGUCCAGGAUGCCAAUGGGCUGGUGCAGAUCCCGGUGAGCAUGUACCAGACGGUGGUGACCAGCCUGGCGCAGGGGAACGGCCCGGUGCAGGUGGCCAUGGCGCCGGUGACCACGCGCAUCGCGGACACGGCCGUCACCAUGGACGGGCAGGCCGUGGAGGUGGUGACCCUGGACCAGUGACCCCGGAGCGGCCCCCGGCCCUGCCCAGCCUCCUCCUCUGCAGAUUUUUUACGCCUCUCCAGAGAUGCAAUCAGGUGGCAUUUUGAGUCUCCCGGCUUUGGAAACAAAACUUUUUU